AUUGAUUUCUUCUUGUUAAAUUUUGUAAAUAAAAUCCAAUCAGAUGCACGACAGAUAUGUGCAACAUAUAUUCGGGCAAUCACAAUAAAGCGUACAACUAUCAUUGAGAGCCAACAGCAGCGUUCGACAAAAUUACAACAAACACAAAUCAUCAAAGCUGCAUGACGUAGUCCGCCUAAAACUGGGGAGAAAAAGACGUCAACAGAUAAGAAACUCUAAGGGAAUCUCUAAAGGAAUCUGUGUGUGCUGCGAGCAUGUUGCUUUGCGGCUUGCGACUGGUGCAACGCCGGCAACAACAAUUCAUGCGCUCCACUUGCUACUGGCGGCGAGCCGUGCAGCCACAACGCGUUGCCUGGUCGUAUGGCCUGCAGUGCAACGAGUGCACACCACUGAGGCUGCAGGCACGAAGUCGCCUAGGCGGAGGAGGAGUUUGGCUCCACUUUCAGUUUCGUUGCACUGCCAGCAACAAGGAUAACAAUAAGGAGGCGCCGGUUGAGAAGCAGCCCAAGGAGGAUGCAGCCAAGCUGCAAACGAAAAACUAUGAGUUAAAAACCAGCAAAGGCAUUCUAUCGAUCACCACUACCAUCGAGGACUCCAAAAUCAAUGAGAUUGUGUUCGAGAAGACGGAGUUGUCACCGGUGGCCAAACUAAAUGAGCCGGCGCUCAAUCAGGUGCCCAUGUCGGACACAACAGUCCUCGAGAGUGCACCGACAGCAAUCACAAUGCUGACAGAGACAUCUGCACCAAAGCCAGCCAAGGAAACCACGGAAGCCACAGAGGCAUCGGCGGCUACAGCGGCGCCAGUGACGCCGCCGCCGCCGACGGCACCAAAACGUCCACGUUUCGAUUAUCGCAUUUCGCUGGAGCGUAAUUUUGUGACGCCCGCUCGAGCCAUCUCCGAUUUUAUGCUUACCCUCAACGAUCUGGAGAAGCUGCCCAAGAUCAAGCGACUCCCGUACGAACAGGAGCCACCGAUGACCGUCUAUUGGCGGCGGGAUGUGGAGGCAAAGGCGCUGGAAGUUUGGGGCUCCCGCGAGAAUAUUGUUCGCGAGCGACUCAAACGGGAAGUGGAACGCAAACAGUAUCAGCAGAAUGUGUUCACGGUGAAGCGGCGCCUGCGCGACUAUCGACGGGAGGUGGGUUCGCGCACCAAGGCGCUGACGGACAGUGAAAAGGAUGCGGAGAAAUCCAGUCAAGUGGUGGCCACCGCCAUUGCCAUCAAUGCAGCGAAUUUGUUGUUCAAAUUCGGUGGCUGGGCCUACAGCGGGUCGCACAGCAUGUUCGCGGAGGUUAUCCACUCGCUGGCGGAUCUGGUGAACCAGUUGAUAUUGGCCUUUGACUACAAGUCGUCGCAGGUGCCGGACACAGUGCAUCCCUAUGGCUAUAUGAAUAUGCGUUAUGUCUCCUCGCUCAUCUCGGGCGUGGGCAUCUUUUGUGUGGGCAGCGGUCUGUCGAUAUAUCAUGGCAUCGAAGGCAUACUGCAUCCGCAGCCAAUUGCCGAUCUCUUUUGGGUGUACUGCAUCCUGGCCGGUUCGCUCGUCUCCGAGGGCGCCACCCUUAUGGUGGCCAUCAAUGAACUGAAGCGUGCCGCCAAAGUCAACAAUAUGAGCUUUAAAGAUUACGUAAUUGCCGGCAAGGAUCCGUGCGUAAAUGUGGUGCUUUGCGAGGAUGCAGCUGCCGUUGCAGGGGUUAUGGUUGCCGCCGGUUGCAUGGGUCUAAGCAGCAUGACGGGUUCCCCACUGUUUGAUGCGGCAGGUUCUUUGGUUAUUGGUGGUUUGCUGGGCGCCGUUGCUUCCUUUAUAAUCUACACGAAUGCGAAUGCAUUGGUCGGUGUCUCCAUCACCAAGGAUCGUUUGGAGAAGAUCAAUGCGGCACUAGAAGCUGAUGUGAUGAUACGCGCUAUAUACGAUGUCAAGGGCAUUGACAUUGGAAAUGGCCGUGUGCGCUAUAAGGCUGAGCUGGACUUUGAUGGACGCGAACUGACCCGUUCAUAUUUGGACAAACAGGAUCUGAAUAAGCUGCUGACGAUUGUGCGCGGCUUUCGUAAUGCGGAUGAUCUGGAGAGCUUUCUGCUGGAUCAGGGCGAGAGCAUUGUGGACCUGAUGGGCGGUGAAAUUGAUCGCAUCGAAAUGAAUUUGCGCAGGCAAUUUCCCGAAAUACGUCACGUCGAUCUAGAAAUACUCUAAAGUCUCAGUUGCUGGAUGCUACCAUUAAUAUAUAUAUAUAUAUAUCUGUAUAUAUACAUGGAAUGGACGUGCUGAAUGUCUCCCCAAAAGCUCUCAAUCAAAAUUGCCCGUCUAUUUUAUAUUUAUAUCGGUUGACAGUUAGUUGUUUUUAGCCUAAAUUCAAUUUUGAUAAAUAAGUUUGCUAGUUGUUUCUUCGGGUAGCUAAAAAGCACACAAAAUAACUUAGAUUAAGCUUUAAAUUGUACUAGUUGCUUAAAUUUGCAGCCAAAGGCACCGUUUUCUUAACGUUAACGGUUAAGUUGGUAGUUCUUGUCUUAAAUUUGACUCCAAAAUGAUAAUUCAAAAGUUGCUUGCUAAAUGCUUAACUUAAAUUAAAGCUGGAAAUUGUGUUCUUCAACUAAGCCUAAAGAUCUGCUAUGUAUUGUAAAACAAUAAAACUUAAUACAAUUAAUUAGUGCUAA